UCUUUGAGAGCUGAGCUUGAGAAUGCGUAGUGGAGGAGGCAAUAGGUACUUUGUUAAUCUUUUGCGUUGUUGUAGAGAGGAAAGGAGUAAGCUUUCCGGGAAAGUUAUACAUGGGUUCAUUGUUAGGACUGGAUUGAACACUGAUACUUAUAUAUCUAACCGUUUACUGGAUUUGUAUAUCGAGUGUGGUGAUGGAGAUUAUGCACGGAAGGUGUUCUACGGAAUGUCUCUAAGAGAUGUUUAUUCGUGGAAUGCUUUUUUGACGUUUCGCUGUAAAGUUGGGGAUUUAGAGGAAGUGUGUGAGGUGUUUGAUGGAAUGCCUGAGAGAGAUGUGGUGUCGUGGAACAAUCUGAUUAGCGUGUUGGUGAGGAAAGGGUUGGAUGAAGAGGCUUUGGCUGUUUAUGAGAGGAUGGUGUCUGAUGGGUUUUUGCCUUCCAGGUUCACGUUAGCUAGUGUUUUGAGUGCGUGUAGCAAGGUUCGGGAUGGUGUUUUUGGUAUGAAAUGUCAUGGGGCUGCUGUUAAAACUGGUCUUGAUAAGAAUAUGUUUGUUGGGAAUGCGUUGUUGUCUAUGUAUGCAAAGUGUGGGCUAAUGAUGGAUUAUGGUGUUCGAGUCUUUGAAUUUCUCGUGGAGACUAAUGCAGUCUCUUUUACUGUGGUAAUCAGCGGGUUAGCUCGGGAAAAUAAAGUGUUGGAGGCAUUUGAAAUGUUCAGAUCAAUGUGCCAGAAAGGUAUCCAGGUGGAUUCCGUUUGCUUAUCUAAUAUUCUCAGCAUCUCUACUCCAAGGGAAGGAUGUGAUAGCCCAAGUGAAAUCUUUUGCAAUGUGCUCGGGACACAGGUCCAUAGUCUUGCGUUAAGACUUGGGUUCGUCGGAGAUCUUCAUCUGAACAAUUCAUUGCUCGAAAUAUAUGCAAAGAAUAAAGACAUGCAUGGUGCAGAGCUGGUUUUUGCUGAGAUGCCUGAUGUGAAUGUUGUCUCUUGGAACAUAAUGAUAGCUGGAUUUGGCCAGGAAUACCAAAGUGACAAAUCCAUCGAGUAUCUAAAGAGAAUGAGAGAUUCUGGUGUUGAACCAAACGAAGUUACAUACAUUUGUGUUCUUGGAGCGUGCUUUCGUUCAGGGGAUGUUGAAGCCAGUAAGAGAAUAUUCAGUAGCAUUCCCCACCCGAGUGUCAGAGCAUGGAAUGCUAUGCUUUCUGGUUAUUCCAACUAUGAACACUAUCAGGAAGCAAUAAACAAUUUCAGACAAAUGCAGUUUCAGAACCUCAAACCUGACAGAACCACUUUGAGUGUGAUACUAAGUUCAUGCGCAAGAUUGAGAUUUCUGGAAGGAGGGAAACAGAUCCAUGGGAUAGCGAUAAGGACCAAGAUUUCUAAGAACAGUCACAUAGUUAGUGGUCUUAUUGCAGUCUACUCGGAAUGUGAGAAAAUAGAGAUAUCUGAAUCUGUCUUUGAUGAUUGUAACACCGAAUUGGAUAUUGCUUGUUGGAACUCGAUGAUCUCAGGUCUUAGUCGCAACACGCUGGACACAAAAGCUCUAAUGCUCUUCAAAAGAAUGCAGCAGACUGGUGUCUUGUUUCCAAAUGAAACUUCAUACGCUAUUGUACUAGGUAGCUGUUCAAGGUUAUGCAGUUUGGUCAAUGGAAGACAGUUUCAUGGACAUGUAGUGAAGAGCGGAUAUGUAAGCGAUUCCUUUGUUGAAGCCGCUCUUACUGAUAUGUAUUGCAAAUGCGGUGAAAUAGAUUCAGCUCGACUGUUCUUCGAUACUGUUACAAGGAAAAACACAGUUAUUUGGAAUGAGAUGAUACAUGGGUAUGCUCAUAACGGAAGAGGUGAUGAAGCUGUUGAUCUCUACAGGGAAAUGAUUUCAGCGGGAAAGAAACCAGACGGGAUAACCUUUGUCUCUGUCUUGACUGCUUGCAGCCACUCAGGACUGGUAGAUACAGGGCUUGAGAUACUCAGUUCAAUGCAGAGAGAUCAUAAAGUUGAACCAGAGCUGGAUCAUUACAUUUGUACGGUUGAUUGUCUUGGAAGAGCUGGUCGGCUUGAAGAUGCAGAGACUCUUGCAGAAGCGACACCAUACAAAAGCAGCCCUGUUCUAUGGGAGAUUCUACUUAGUUCAUGUAGAGUCCAUGGCGAUGUGAGGUUGGCUAGACGAGUUGCAGAGAAACUAAUGCGUCUGGAUCCUCAGAAUUCGGCAGCAUAUGUGCUGCUAAGCAACACAUAUAGUUCUGUGAGACAGUGGGAUGCCGCUGCAGCUCUUCAAGGAUUAAUAAACAAGAACAGAGUUCAUAAAACUCCAGGUCAUAGUUGGAUCACAUAUGACAAUGCUUUGGACUGAUAUUUCAAAAAUAGCGUACGAAA